GAAGGCAAGCAAAACUGGCGGGCCGCUAAAUUACCUUCCAUAUUCAAAAACCUGAAACUGAAGAAAGAUCCCGAUUGGGAGCGAAGAAAGAUGGAGUCCCCAAUCUCAAUCUGCGACACUGAGAUCCCUCUUCUAAUGCAGAGCAUCGAUGCUUUCACCGCUUCUUACGUCAAAUCCCUCCAUUCCCUCAGAGCCAGAGCGCAAGAAACCGCUCGAUGUCAAGUUCAACUAGACGAGGUUAAAUCUAAACUCAGAGAGACCGAGGAUGAUUUCGUCAAAGCACUUGCGGUCAAGACCCGCAAAGAGGCCAAGCGAAUGGCUUUGAUGGAUGCUAUUGCUUCUGCAAAGGCUAGAGUUGAAGACCUCAAUGCAUCUAUUCAGGAGCAGCGAACCAAAAAGCAAGAAUAUGCUGCAUUUAUAUCUCAACAAUCUCUCGCUUUGGCAGCAUCUGAAGGGAAGUUAAAUGAAAGCAUUGAACAGAAUGAUGAAACACAGGCCAUUUCCUGGUACAAUAGGGUCCUUGGUUUUCAUGUAAAAGGCGGACGUGGGGUAAAAUUCACAUUCAAGAAUAUAAAUAUGAACAAUCCAGAUGAGGAGUACUUUUUUACUAUCUUCCAUGAAAAUGAUACAUACUCAUUGUUAAGCUGUGAACAUUCCCUCAGGGACACCAAAGAGUUGAUCCAUGAAUUAAACAAGACAAAUGAUCUAUUUAAAUUUGUCAGAAUAAUGAGGAAAAAGUUCCAAGAAGUUGUGGCACAAGGGAAUUUAGUUGUGACAAAAGAUGAACAUGAAGAAUCUGCCUUUAACUCUGCUUCUGCUCCAGUUUUAUCAAUGUCAUCUGUUAGAAGUGAUUUUCUAGGCAAGGAAAAUGAGCAUCAAGCUGAACCUAUAGAAGGCAAUAAACAGUUCAAAAAACAAAAUGUUCAUAGAAGGCUAAAAUCAUCAGUUUUAUCUCCUGGAUCUGCAUCAUCUGUUCGCCAGUCUCCUCGUUUGAAGACAGAAAAGUGAAGAGCACCAACUGUUAGUGUACGGUGAAAGGUGAAUUUUUACCCCCUUUGUUAUGUAGCGCAGUUGUGGAGCUUUUCCUCUUUUUAAUCUGGCAUCUGGUCCUUAAUUACAUGUUUAAUUGUGCCGCAUAGUUGCAUUUCUUUGGAUCUUUCAUUAUGGAUGUGAUGAAAAAUUAAACAUGCAAAAAAAUAGUAAUAUGCUUUACAUUCUCAGUUACACUUAUGUCCCUGUUUGAGGGUUUUAUCUCCAAUGCUUUUUUGGGUCCUGUGGUGCAUUAGAUGUAAUAUAGGGGGUUGCUAUAUUCUGUAUUUUGACAUCAUUUAAUCAUUAAUAACUUUUGGUGGCUAGUUUUCUAGACAAAAAAAAUUGGAUAUAAUGCUUGCAUAUAUCUAUGUAUGCAUACAACAA